GACCAUUUGAUGAAACACUCCAUGGCUAAAGAGGAGAAGGAUAAUCAAACAAUGAUUGCAGAAUUUAUCCUCCUAGGGUUCAGAACUCUUCCUCAGUUGCAGACCAUCUUUUUUGUUAUAUUUUUAAUAAUAUACAUGGUGACAAUGGCUGGAAACAUUCUUAUAGUUGUAGUAAUAAUAGUUAAUUGUAGUCUUCACAAACCCAUGUAUUUCUUUCUGGGAAACUUGUCUGUUUUGGAGACCUGCUAUACUUCAACAAUCCUCCCUAGGAUUUUGACCAGUUUUGUAACUGACAACCAUAGAAUUUCUUUUAGUGGGUGUUUCCUCCAAUUUUAUUUCUUUGCUUUUCUAGCAGGAGCUGAAAGUUACCUCUUAUCUAUAAUGUCUUAUGAUAGGUAUAUAGCUAUAUGUAAACCACUGUAUUAUAUAACUAUAAUGAAAAACAGGUCUUGUAUUCAAUUAUCCCUUGUCUCUUGGAUGGUUGGUCUUGUGGCUGCUGCAGUCACCACCUUCUUCACUUCUCAAUUAACUUUCUGUGGCACCAACAAAAUUGAUCAUUUCUUUUGUGAUUAUGCACCAUUGUUGAUGCUUUCAUGUAGUCCCACUGAGCAGACUGAAAUGGCAAUGUUAGUCUUGGGUUCUGUAUGCACAUUACCACCUUUGUUUCUGACUAUGACCUCCUAUAUCUUCAUUAUCAGAACCAUUUUAGGAAUACCUUCAACCACUGGGGGGAAAAAAGCAUUUUCCACUUGUUCCUCUCAUCUUGUUGUUGUAACAAUUUUCUAUGGGACCCUCAUAAUUGUGUACUUAUUGCCAAAGGACAGCAAACUCAGGAAUCUGAACAAAGAAUUCUCAGUUUUCUACACAAUCCUGACUCCCAUGAUCAAUCCCUUUCUUUAUACUCUGAGGAAUGGAGAAUUUAAAAAGGCUCUUGGGAAAACUAUUGGCAAACUUGCACUAUUGAGAAUAUCACUGGGUAUACAACCCAGAUAA